AUGAGACUGUUGCCAAACAGCCCACGUGCCCCAUUGCAAGGGGGUACGUGGGCCAAUGCUGGCACCUGUGAGAGGUGCUCCAGCUCCCUAAAUAGGGCUCUGUGGUAUACUACUUCCUAUGGGUGCCCAGAACCGCCAUCCAGUAAGCGGAGGACUUGUGGGUCAGGGCCAGACUACUAUUGCAAGAACUGGGGAUGUGAAACCUUAGUAGAAAGAACUGAAUGGACUCCUGGGGGAGGGCAAGACAGACAUAUUCAGCUGAGGCGAGAAAAGACGAAGACCCCAGGAGACGGCUGGGAUAAAGAUUGCCCUGCCGAUAAUUGUAACCCAACGGUUAUUACAGUGCUCAAUCCCAGCGAUCUAGAGUGGAAGAAAGGAAGAACGUGGGGACUUAGACUUUAUGUACGGGGAACUGACCCGGGUACAUUCUUUACUGUUAAGCAACUGCCCAUACAGGGCCGACCCCUGCUUAGGGGUAAAGGAAGAUUACCGCCUAGACCACAGCCCCCUCUGACUAGGACCACUAACGGCCCUGACUAUAAUAUUACCAGUAGCCCCGAGAACUUGAAUGACUCUGUAACGGAAGGAAGCAUACAUAAGGAAGAAGUAACCCGAGUCCCUACCAAGGCUGAACUAGGUUAUGAAAUAUACCCGAGACAAGGGGCGAAUGCCCUAGGAAUAGUAGAGAAAGUAUUCCCACUAUUCAGUGAAACUCAGCCAGAGAUAACCGAGUCUUGUUGGCUGUGCCUGAGCCCGCGGCCUCCGUUCUAUGUAGGGUUAGGGAUGAAUUCCACAGGGACAGGAGGAUUUGUCAAAAUAAACUUAACAGACACAGAUUCCCAUCGAGAGCAGAGCCAAAUAGAAGAGUGCUUCACUGAAGGAUCCUUAACCCUAGCAGAGUUCCAUGGGAAGGGUACUUGCUACUUUACAGGAAAUCUCACCUCACCUGGCUCAAAUUAUACAGAUUAUUGUUUGAAUCAAGAGUUUAUGCCGGCUUCUGAUAAAACCUCAUUGUUAAAAGCCCCAGAAGGCAUAUGGUUCAUAUGUACCCAAGGGAUCUAUAAGUGUCUCAUGCUGACUAACCCAGAAUUUUGUGUAAGCGCAUACAUAAUCCCACAGGUGUAUCUAUAUGGAGGUAACCCUGAGUUCUUAACUGACUCCUCAGAGAGAGUAAAAAGAACCCCACUGUUGAUCCCUAUCCUAGCCACUUUAGGGAUAGCAGGAUCAGCUGUUGUAGGAACCACUGCCCUAGUGAAAGGUGAAACAAGUCUCAGGCAACUAUCCCAAACGUUCUCAAAAGACAUCACUCUACUCCAAGAUCAAAUAAUAUACUUAGAAAGACAAGUAGACUCCCUUGCAGCAGUAGCACUACAGAAUAGGAGAGGCUUAGAUCUCCUAUUUUUACAACAAGGAGGAUUGUGUGCAGCACUAGGGGAAGAAUGUUGUUUCUAUGCUAACCACUCUGGUGUUAUUAAAGAAAAUAUCAAAACCUUAACAAAAAGACUAAAAGACCGAUGA